AUGUUCUUCUACAAGAAGUCGUAUCAGUACGACUUCCCGGAUCGGGCCGAGAGGAACUAUGCGGAUGUGUGCCUCGUGGACGUGCUACGCGCCCACGGCUACAAGGUUGACUAUGAGGCAGAUGGCCCGUUCUGGGCCAUGCAGGACGGAAACCGCUUCCUGGAAGCGCAGGGGCCUCUUGGACCGCACCCGGUGCAUGUGAAUGUGCGGCCGCCCAGUGGAGACUAG